AUGUAUGCCACAGGGGCUAAUCCUACAUUGGUCCAGAAUGAUAAACACGUAUUAGUCAAAGGCCACCGACCAGGACGUGGCAUAGUUUCUGCGUAUGAAUGGAGGAUGGGCUCUGACACAGUGCCAGGUUACAUUUCACAGCAUCAGCGUGUGGUAGAGUCUUGUACCCUACAGGUAGCAGCGGCAGAUGGUGAAGAACCGACUUCAGCAGGACCAUGCCAUCCAAAUCCUUGCCACAACAGAGGGACAUGUGAGAUCAGUGAGACCUACAGGGGCGACACCUUCAUUGGCUACGUCUGCAAGUGUCCACCUGGCUUCAGUGGAGUUCACUGCCAACACAAUAUUAACGAAUGCGAAAGAGACCCCUGCAAGAAUGGAGGCAUUUGCACAGAUCUGGUUGCCAACUACUCCUGCGAAUGCCCAGGGGAGUACAUGGGGAGAAACUGUCAAUACAAAUGCUCUGGACCAUUGGGCAUGGAGGGUGGUAUAAUCUCCAACCAACAGAUAACAGCCUCUUCCACCCACCGCGCUUUGUUCGGCUUGCAGAAGUGGUACCCGUACUUUGCACGCCUCAACAAGAAGGGUCUGGUCAAUGCCUGGACCGCUGCCGAAAAUGACAGAUGGCCAUGGAUACAGAUUAACCUGCAGAGGAGAAUGAGGGUCACAGGCCUAAUUACCCAGGGUGCAAAGCGUAUUGGCAGCCCGGAGUACGUGAAGUCUUACAAAGUAGCCUACAGUGAUGACGGGAAGACCUGGAGAACAUACAAAGUCAAGGGCAAAGAUGAGGAUAUGAUUUUCAGAGGAAAUGUCGAUAACAACGCUCCAUCAGCCAACUCCUUCACCCCUCCUAUUGAAGCCCAGUACGUGCGCAUUUAUCCCCAAGUCUGCAGGAGGCACUGUACCUUACGCAUGGAGCUGCUUGGAUGUGAGCUAACAGGCUGCUCUGAACCACUGGGAAUGAAGUCAGGACAUGUCCAGGACUAUCAGGUCACAGCUUCCAGCAUCUUCAGGACGCUCAACAUGGACAUGUUCACAUGGGAGCCAGGAAAGGCCCGUUUGGACAAGCAGGGCAAGGUCAAUGCUUGGACAGCUGGACACAGUGACCAAUCACAGUGGCUACAGGUCGACUUGCUUGUGCCAACCAAGGUCACAGGUAUCAUCACUCAGGGAGCUAAAGACUUUGGCCAUGUGCAGUUUGUUGGCUCGUACAAACUGGCAUACAGUAAUGACGGAGAGCGGUGGAAUAUAUAUCAAGAUGAGAAACAAGGGAAGGACAAGGUAUUCCAAGGCAACUUUGACAACGACACGCACAGAAAGAACGUGAUAGAUCCACCUAUCUACGCUCGGCUCAUUCGGAUCCUUCCCUGGUCAUGGUAUGGCAGGAUCACUUUGCGUGCAGAAAUACUUGGAUGCACAGAGGAAGAAUGA